AUGACAUCUCUUUUACUCUCUGUACUGAAUGUGGAUUCUACAGUUGAGUUUGGUGGGGUAGAAGGUAUUUCUAGUGAACCAGUUGGUGUGAAUAGUUGGGAGAGAAAUUUGGACGAACCUAAUCUAUCUGAUGAUGCAUCAUUAAAAGACUCAGAUAGUGAUGUAGAGGGUGGUAAGUGGCCUAUUUUUAGGGCAGCUACUGAUAUGAAAGAGCCUCAUUUAAUCCUAGGAUUGACUUUUUCUAGCAAAGAAGAGUUUAAGGAAGCUGUGACCAAUUAUGCCUUUAACAAUGGAAAAGAUGUAAAAAUUGUUAAGAAUGACAAAGCCAGACUAGUUGUUAAAUGUAGGGAUAGUAGUUGUCCUUGGACAGUAACUCUAAGAAAGCAACAGAAUUCUUUGAAUUGGAGCAUCCUUAGAUUGACAGAUAAACAUGAUGGAUGUUGUUGGACUUCUGAGAAUUCAAGAGCAACGUCAACUGUAGCUGCAAAGAGGUGGAGUAAGGAGAUUGCACAUCAUGAUGACUGGAAAAUGGAAAAAUUUAGGCAAAAGGUGUGUAAUAAAGAUGAAAAGUUUCAUAUUAGUACACAUCAAGCUUAUAGAGCAAUGAAGAAAGCUAAAAUUCAAAUUAGGGGUAAUCUAGAUGAUAAUUUCAAAAAGAUUUGGAGUUACCGCCAAGAAAUUAUCAGGACUAAUCCUAUGACAAUCUGUGAGGUGAAGCUCAGUGACAAUGUUGAACUUUGUGGGGGAAACAGAUUCCUUAGACUGUACAUGUGUUGGGAUGGAUAUAGGCAAGGUUUCAAAUUUUGUAGGCCAAUCUUGGGAGUGGAUGGAACUCAUUUGAAGUCUGGAAUUGGGGGGUUAAUUCUGACUGCAGUUGGACUUGAUGCUAAUGACUCAAUCUUCCCUGUUGCAUAUGCCAUUGUUGAGGGUGAAACAAAACAGUAUUGGGUGUGGAUUUUUGAAUUCUUUAAAAAAGACUUAGAAAUCAGUGAGGGGAAUGAACAUGAAUUUACCUUCCUGUCAGAUAAACAAAAGGGUUUAAUAGAAGCAUUUGAAGUGGUUUUGCCUAGAGUUGAGCACCGAUUUUGUGUUAGGCACCUUCAUGGGAAUAUGAAGGUUGCGGGAUUUCAAGGAAAGGCAUUGAAGGAUGCACUAUUUUGUGUUACAUACUCCUUUUGUAAAUGA